UACAGUCCUGUCCCUGGGACCCUUAUCACUAUGAUAUUAGGAAGUUGUGAGGGGCUGGUGGGGGUGUGGAGGGGCAGCUCCUCCAUCCAAUCACAUCCCUGUCCUCCCCCUAUGUCAGGAUGCCUCUGAACUUGUGUUAUUAAAGGGAGAGGAGCUUCCCUACAGUGCACAGAGCAGGACAACAAGCAGGACAAGCAUCAGGAUAGUAAAGAAGAAUUCAUAUCCUGCCUUAUCAUGACAACCAAUGGCACCAUGGAAAAUGGACUGUCUGACAAGAAGCUCCAUAUGCUGCCCAGACCCAUCCCCAACCUGGAGGUCCUGCACACUCAGAUAUUCCUUAACAAUGACUGGCACCAGUCGGUGAGCGGCCAGUCGUUUCCGGUGUAUAAUCCAGCCACUGGGUCAAAGAUCUGUGAUGUGCAAGAGGCAGACAAGGCAGAUGUGGACAAAGCAGUGGAAGCGGCAAGAGCAGCGUUCCAUAAGGGAUCCCCAUGGAGGAGACUGGAUGCCAGUGGUAGGGGGAAGCUUCUUCACAAGCUGGCCGACCUUUUGGAGCGAGACAGAGUUAUUUUGGCUACUUUAGAAACGAUGGACACUGGAAAACCAUUCCUCCACGCCUUCCUCAUUGAUCUUGAGGGCUGUAUCCGGACCUUGCGCUACUUUGCUGGAUGGGCUGACAAAAUACAGGGAAGGACAAUCCCAGUGGAUGAAAGUUAUCUCUGCUAUACCGUACAUGAGCCUAUUGGAGUUUGUGGGGCCAUCACACCUUGGAACUUUCCCCUGCUGAUGCUGAUUUGGAAGAUGGCCCCAGCUCUAUGCUGUGGGAACACCUUGGUAAUAAAGCCGGCUGAGCAAACGCCACUCACGUCACUUUAUAUGGGAUCAUUAAUAAAAGAGGCUGGUUUCCCUUCUGGUGUAGUGAAUAUAGUGCCAGGUUAUGGGCCCACAGCUGGAUCUGCCAUAUCACAUCACCCUGACAUUGACAAAGUUGCAUUCACUGGCUCUACAGAAGUUGGAAAACUGAUCAAAGAGGCAGCAUCUGCGAGCAACCUGAAACGCGUCACUUUGGAACUUGGAGGGAAGAACCCCUGCAUUGUCUUUGCCGACGCUGAUUUGGAACUGGCUGCAGAAUGUGCACAUCAAGGCGUCUUCUUUAACCAAGGACAAUGCUGCACAGCCGCCUCCCGAGUCUUCGUAGAGGAAUCAGUGUAUCCAGAAUUUGUCAGGCGGAGUGUGGAUUAUGCAAAAAGACGGCUUCUUGGGGAUCCUCUUGACCCCAAAACAGAACAGGGUCCUCAGAUUGAUGAAGAGCAGUUCAACAAGGUGCUGGAAUAUAUACAGAGUGGAAAAGAUCAAGGUGCGAAAUUAGAGUGCGGUGGCUGUGCCCUUGGAGAACGAGGAUUUUUUAUUAAGCCCACUGUAUUCUCUGAAGUGACCGAUGACAUGAGGAUAGCAAAAGAAGAGAUUUUUGGACCUGUUCAGUCCAUUCUGAAAUUCAAAAGCAUAGAGGAAGUGAUAAAGAGAGCAAACAGCACAGAAUAUGGACUGACAGCUGCUGUGUUCACAGAAAGCCUGGACAAAGCCCUCAACGUCGCCUCUGCCCUGCAGUCUGGAACAGUAUGGAUUAAUUGCUACAAUGCUCUCCAUGCACAGGCUCCAUUUGGAGGCUUCAAGAUGUCAGGAAAUGGCAGAGAACUGGGUGAAUAUGCCCUGGCAGAGUAUACAGAAGUCAAAACUGUGACAAUCAAACUAUCAUCGAAGACACUGUGAAUAGUAAAGGGCGACGUGGCAGUGGUACACGAUUCUGCUUUAGCAGGACACACAACUCUAAAGAACAAUAAAAGGAAUAUUUUUAUUGUUAUCAUUAUACAUUCCAGAAAUGUCUUCUUUACCAAUCUGACCCCUGGCUAUGGGAACAUUCUAAUCCAUGUGAUUCUGCAGAGAGUAUGACAGUGUCUUAGACAGCUUUACCUAUACUAUGGUCCCGGUUAUAUGUCACCAGAACACCUCUUCAUGACAUGGACGCAGCACAUGCCACCCGAACACCUCUUCUUGACAUGGACGCAGCACAUGCCACCCGAACACCUCUUCAUGACAUGGACGCAGCACACGUCACCAGAACACCUCUUCAUGACAUGGACGCAGCACACGUCACCAGAACACCUCUUCAUGACAUGGACGCAGCACACGCCACCCGAACACCUCUUCAUGACAUGGACGCAGCUCUGGAAAUUGCAGAGUUCACAUAAGUUGACCCUGAAACAUACCUGUAUCUUGCUUUCUGAACUCUGCUAUGGCGUCUUUGUGAUUUGGAGAAAAUAUAAGUAAUUUAGCAGAUUUCGAUUUUUAGCUCUAGAUCUAGAAAAGGAGACGCAUGUGGCAUUUGAAUUAGACAGCUUCUCACUAAGAGCUGUACAUAACCUCCAAUUACUUGACUGGACACAGACCACUACUCCACUGCUGGCCAAGAGUUUGUUUUUAGGAUCAGUGGUGAGCCCAACAAAACAGGUUGACCUCUCACCAUCAUUCUUGGCUUUAUGUUAUUGAAAUUAUUUAGAUUUUUGACACAAUGUCUCUUAAGGAUUAAUUUUUGCCUAUAUUUGUGAAAUCCCUCUCGUCAUUCCCCCCC